AUGGAGGAAGGCGGCCAGGCCCCAGACUGGGACAGUGAUGAAACCGUGAUAGAGGGGUCAGUGACAGACAGCGACCUGGAAGAAGAGGAGCUGCCCUGGAGAAGUUUACUCUUUGAUGAAGACACAUCUCUUGGAUCUGGGUUCAGUCUGCAUCCUGAUACAAGUGGAACAUACAAAGGCAUGUCUUCUCCCGAGAUUCAACUUGGUUUCAAAUUCAGAAAGGAUCUGCAAGAGCAAAUGAGUGAAAAUAAAAUGAUGUGUGUUCUUAGUGAGGAUACAUUAUUAGAGCAACCUCAAGAUGAAUCAGAACAAGAUGAAUCUCUGUUACAGACUAAAAAUAAUUAUCUAACAUUUACUGGGCCAUUUCCCCAGGCUGGACUUCCACUGAACCACCAAAACUUUAAAGAGCCUGAGGCUGAAAAUCCUGAAGUUUUGUCAGACAUAGAAAAGGAUCUAAAUGAAGAGAGAGACUCCCCUGAAGCUAGCCUUCUUUCAGGUACUGCUACUACAGUAUCUGAUAUGGUUGCUAUCAAGGAGAAAUCAUUAAUAACACCAGAGACAAUCUUAGCAGUACCAAAUACAUUUUCUGAGCCUGGAAAGGAAGUCCCAUUGACCUUGAGUUCUGAAGAAACUAAGGAUGAAGAAAGUUCUCUUGAAACUUUUGUGUCUGCCUUAGAAAGGUUACUGACAUCACCAGAAAGCACCCAGGAGGAAAGAUUGUUUGAAAUAAUGAAUGAUUUUGAUCCUAGAGAAUUGAUGAACCCAUUGAGUGAUUCUCAGAGUUCUGUAUCAAUACCUUUGAAUGCCUUGUCAGCAUAUCAUAGAGAUUUAUUAGAAAAUACAAAAGAUGAUGCAUUGCCAGCUGAAUUAUUGGCAGCUCUCAACACAUUGUCAGAAGACAAGACGGCACCUGUCUCUCAUAGAAAAGAGGGAGGCAGUCUUAUCAAUGCUGGAAAUGAAUGUUUAGAAAUGGAGUUCAAUACAUCUCAGACUAAUGAAGAUUGUACACAAAUAGCAAAGGUCCUAGAAGACCCAGAUUCAUUUAGAUCACAAACUUUGGUUCAUCAGAGUGUCACCUCUUGUGAACCACUAAAUAAUAAAGGAAAUUCAAAUUUAGUGGAAAAUAGCUCUGACCAGGGAACUGCAUGUGUGUUAAGGAGAUCAUCCAGACUGGAAAAACGGAAAGUAAGCCAAGGUGCAAAGCACACAGAGGACAUGUUUAGUAUGCCAGAAAAGAAUUUACCAAAAAUCCUUGGCUGUGAAGAUCUAACAAAUAAUAACUCAACUAAGAAUUUCAGAAUACAGGAUCGUGCUUUAAUGAUUGAAGCUAAAAGGAAGAAUAUGCAUUCAUCCAGAUUCAAGAGUGGGAAACAAAUCAGGAAAAACAAAAAACUUAAGAGAAAAAAUGAAAAAAUGAAGAUAAAUAAAAUAUCUCUUUCUAACAUUAACCGGAGAAAUGUUUUUGGGGAAAACUUACUGUAUAAGGCUGCCCUGCACGAUGAUGCUGAUCUUGUACGUCAUUAUAUAAAAAAAGGUGGAAAUGUUAAUCAGCCAAGUUAUGCUGGUUGGACAGCACUUCAUGAAGCUAGUGUAGGAGGAUUUUAUUGGACAGCAAGUGAACUGUUGAAAGGUGGAGCAGAUGUAAAUGUCAAAGGACUGUACCAGAUUACUCCCCUUCAUGAUGCUGUGAUGAAUGGACACUAUAAGGUGGCACAAUUACUUCUUUUGAAUGGAGCCGAUCCAUUAUUUAGAAGUGACAGUGGAAAGUGUGCUUUGGAUGAAGCCAAGGAUUCACGUAUGAGGCGUCUCCUUGAGAAACACAUUCCUAAACAUCUAAAAUAUCUUAUAUCAGGUCAGAGGAAUACCACUGAUCCAUUAGAUGCAGAGGAUGUACACCAGCACAAGAAACCAAAAUUCAGUUCUAAAAAUUGCAUUUGGUUUGUUCAUAAUGAAAAUUCCAACAGACAGAAGCCAGAACACAUAAAAGUCAAUAAAGAAAACAAAGAGGAUUUAUUUAUAAAAAAAGAAGAUGUAUAUGAACAUUACCACAAAGAUUCCAAAAACACAAUAUUGUAUAAAUCCAAGCAUAAACAAUCAACUGUUAACCAGAUAUACUCUACAGGACCCAGAAAAGGCAAUUUUUGUAACAUCAAAGAUCUCAGCACAAAAUUAUCUAAAGGUAAAGGAAGAAGAAACACACAACAUAAAAGGACUCAAGUAGAUGAUGGAGACAGCAGUCCAAGAAAAACACUAGCUGUCUCUUCUUCCAGGAGAAUAACCAGGGGAAGAAGCAGAUUGGUUACUUGUCAGCAGCGUAUUCACCAAACUCUUGAUGGCCUUUCAGAAGAGGCAAGUAAACAUUCCAGCCCAACUCCGUCAAGCUUGAAAAAUAAAUUAGAUAAUGAUAUUGAGGCUUGUUCAAUUUCCAAAGAGACACAUACUCACAGUAUAGAUUUAUCAGAUAAUCAAGAAACACAGUUCUUGGAAUUAGAACCCAUUGAUCAAACUGAAGCUAUUUCUCUCUCAGGACUUUCAUUACAUAAAGAAAUCAAGUUACCAGUUGUUACUACAGAUCAGCCACCUUAUACUCUCCAAGAACAACACAGUAGCCCUUAUAAAUCUCAUGAAAACAGUAACUCAUUUCAAAAAGAUAAGAGACUUAAUAAAUGGGAAAGUUCUUUCCCAUCAUUUAGAAAGAGAAAUUUUCAUGAUGACAAUGAUGGUGAUGAUGAUGAUAGUGAUUGCUCUAUUUCUGAGAAGACUGUAACAUUUAAAAAACUGAUAUGUUCUACAGAUUACAAAAACCCCUGUAAUGACAAAAAGAAUGUAAAAAAUAGAGAAGAAACAGCUUUACAACAAUUUUCGCCUUCUGAAGACCAUUUUUCACAGGAAAAUGAGUUAAAAGCAGACAGCCUAACCACACUUCCACACCAGGAAGCUGUUGAUUUUUCUGAUUCAGAUAAUACAGUCAUUUCUGGGCAUGUAACAAAUUUUGAAGAAUGCAUGUAUGAAAUUUCUCUUGAUCACUCAAACAGCAAUCCUAAGCAAACUCAGAUGAGAACACUUUCAACACAUGAGGUUUCAGAGUUGACUAGUCAUGUGGAUUUAUUCAAAAAGACUCAGGAUUACAGCCUCAGAACACCAACUGCUUUAAUGAAUCAAACAGAUACACAUAUUGUGGAAAAGGUGACAAAAAGACUAAUUACUAAAAGGAAUUGCAUUGAAAAAGGCCAGAAAACAAGUUCUUCAAAUGGGCCUUUAUCCACAAUUGUUCACUUAGAAACAACUAAAGUUGAAAAGGGGAGACAAAAUCUUCCAGAAAGGGAGAUGAUGCAUAAUAUAGAUUUUCAUUCUACUGAUAGUAUGAAUAAAGAAUUGACAAGCAUAAUACAACUUGAUCAAAGAGAAGAGAAAGAAUCUUCUCACAAACCAGAUGAGAAAUUAACUAAUACCAAUGGAGGUGAAAGUUCUAUAAGAAAUUGUAAGGAGAAAGAAGAAGGAACAGAGUCAGAAAUUCACAUGCCUACUGAUAUCCAAGAACACAAGAAAGUUCAGAGUUUCAGAAAAAGACAAAGGUUUUUGAAAGCUCCCUACAACCAAGGAAUGAAAACAGCUGGGAUCAAUAAGAGGCAUGCCAAAGGGGAAAGUCAGCUUCAUUUGGCUGCCAGAAGAGGAAAUUUGUCUAUGGUAAAAUCUCUAAUAGAAUCUGGAGCAGAUGUGAAUCUUAAAGACAAUGCAGGUUGGACACCACUUCAUGAAGCAUCUAAUAAAGGAUCUAAUGAUAUAAUUGUGGAAUUAUUAAAAGCUGGUGCUAAUGUUAAUUGUGAAAAUUUAGAUGGAAUUCUGCCCUUACAUGAUGCUGUUGCAAACAAUCAUUUAAAGGCAGCUGAGGUUCUACUACAAAAUGGAGCAGACCCUAAUCAAAAAAAUCAAAAACAAAAGACUGCUUUGGAUGGAACAGAUGAUGAAAAAAUGAAAGAGUUGUUAAAAUCUUAUGGUGCUAUUGAGACCAAUAAUAGAGAUGAGAGUAAUGUUAUAAUCAAUGUAAAAAUUCCUGCUGUCCAGUCAAAAAGACAUAAACAGUGCUUUUGUGAUGAUGGAAUAACUGUUGAUCCACCUUCCUUUUCACACCAAGGAGAAAUGAGAGAAAACCUUCCUGUGCAUCAGACGCUUAGUGCCAUUCUACAAGAUAUAGAAGAAAAGCAAGAAGAUUUAUUAGCAUUUGAAAUACUAAACCCUGAAGAUGCAGAACAGUACAUUGAAAAAAUGUUAAAGAUAAAAGAGGUUAUGGAUAAUGUGCUUGCCAAACAGAAAGCAGAAAGGGAUGAUCUGGCUAAAAAAUACAGGGUAUCCAUAGAGUCAUUUAAGCAUGGAGCUUUGAGAGAACAACUGGCUGACCUGGCCACAAGACAGAAGAGGCUUUUAGUUGCGGCAAAAAAACAGAAAGAAAUAAGCCUGAAAAUUCAAAACUAUAAGAAUGUUACAUCGCUAUCUGGUCUUGGUUUGAGGAAGCUGCCACCCAGCUCAGAAACCUCCAGUGAAAAAGACAGCCAAGAGCCUACCAGUCUAGAAAAUUCAGUGCAACCCCAAACAGGUUCACUUUCUCCUGUCAGCUUUGUUUAUGGAAGCAUGCAGGAAACACAGUUGUCUCUAGAAACUUGCAAUUAUAACCACAAUACCAAAAUUUGUCUAAAUUCAGAAGCAGUGAGAAGGGAAGAAUUUUCUGGAAAUGAGGUGAAUUCUAAACAAAAUGCCAACAAUUAUACCUUGGACGCAUUAUCAAAAUCCAGAUAUUCAGGUGACACUGAGAUUAAAUUGCCAUCCCAACCUGUUGCUUUUAUUCUUCAAACAGAAUAUACACAAAAAGAAAAUGAUCUUACACAAAUUACCGCCAAAGAGCAUGAAGUCUAUAGUCCUUCUGCAGUAAAUGGCACAUUGAAUAUUUCAGAAACCACAAGUGUACUUGCCCAAAAUGAUGCCCAUUUAUCAACUGUUAUUUGUAAUCAGGACCUUUCCAGUGAUCCAAAAAGAGGAAACAGAAAGACAUCUUUCCAGCAACCACCUAGGGAGGCAUCAGAAUCCUUGGCACAUCAAGGGAUUGCUGUUUUAGGUACAGCACAUCAGAUGAAAUCAUGUCUUAAAAAAUUAGCUUCUACUGAUCCACAAGCAAAGGACAGCCAGAUCUCUUCCUCUGGGUUUGGGCAUCAGCAUACUAUAAAAAAGCCCUUACACUCCAGUACAGCUCCUAAGAAGAAAUGUAUGCAGAUAAAAGAUUUGAUAUUACUAGGAAGAAUUAAUCCAGGAAAUAACAUUCUGGAAUUCAAAACACAGGAGGCUACCUACAAAGCCAGUAUUUUAUUGAGUGGUAAAAUUAAGGUAGAAAAUGGUCAAAUUUAUCAAAACCCAGUUACUUGGCUUAAAGAUCUUCUGGGAAAUGACAGUUAUGUGACCUGGAAUUAUGCUUGGAGUAAGGUAACAUACCUUGGGAAGGAGCUUUUAAAGUAUGUUUCCGAAGAAGUACCCAUACUUCCAGAACCAAACUUGGAAUCUCAGCAGCAUCAACCUUGUCUUCCAGAAGUACCUGAUGAUCCAGUACAAGAACAAAGAAAAUUGGUGUCUGAGAAAAUGGAAUUUGGACAAGGAACUUCCAGAGAGUCAAUGCAGAGCAUCCCACAUUAUCUACAAAUAAAUGAAAUACUGUUAAUCAGCGAUCAAGAAUUUCUCCCAUGCCAUAUAAUGGACCAGCAUUGGAAAUUCUAUGUGGAAUGUGAGGAACUAACAUUCUAAAGUAUUGUUUUCUUAAUAAU